CGUUUUUUGGAUUACGGAGAGAAGGCGAGCGGCGCGGGCGCGUCCGACACUCGGGAUCAUGGAAUUAUGGACAAAGUUGGUGUUGUUGUGCGGCUGCUGCUGCUUUGGAGCGAGCGCGGACUUCGAUGGCAGGUGGCCACGGCAGAUGGCCUCGUCCAACGGCCUGUGUCGAUACGGGCCCAGGGUGGACUGCUGCUGGGGAUGGACCCGCCGCUCCUGGGGCCACUGCCAGCCUCUCUUCGCCUUAACUCACAGAGUAGUCGGGAUAAGGUGCCAGCCCCAAGCCGUGUGCCAGCCGGGCUGCAAGCACGGAGACUGCGUGGGACCCAAUAAGUGCAAGUGCCACCCUGGCUUCACCGGCAAGACCUGCAAUCAAGAAGAAGAGCUGGACUAUUUAACCCCACCAGCGUGGGCCAGCCACCUCCCUGUCUUUCUUCCCGUGGAUCAUCAGCCAGCGAGAGUAGCGAUGGAGGACCUGAAUGAGUGCGGGCUGAAGCCGAGGCCUUGUAAACACAGGUGCAUGAACACAUACGGGAGUUACAAGUGCUACUGCCAAAACGGAUACAUGCUGAUGCCUGACGGGACUUGUGGAAAUGCUCGCACUUGUGGCAUGGCCAACUGCCAGUAUGGCUGCGAGGUGCUGAAGGGAGAGGUCCGCUGUCAGUGUCCGUCCCCGGGGCUCCAGCUGGCUCCAGAUGGAAGAACCUGCGUGGAUGUGGACGAGUGCGCAGCAGGAAUAGCCGUGUGUCCCAGGUUCAGGAAAUGCAUCAACACCUUCGGUAGCUACAUCUGCAAGUGCCACGACGGGUUUGACCUGCAAUACGUCAAUGGGAAAUACCAGUGCACAGAUGUGGACGAGUGCUCUCUAGGUCAGAGCCACUGCAGCAGCCUUGCCACCUGCUACAACACGCCGGGCUCAUACAAGUGCAAAUGCAGAGACGGCUACAGGGGGAUGGGCCACGACUGCAAACCCAUUCCAAAGGUGGUUAUUGACCCUCCCAGACCAGGCAAACCGCCGCCAAAUCAUCACAACCACAUCCCCGACCUGGAUCAGCGGAGGACCACCACCACCAUCCGCCCACCAGAGACUCCAAGGAGAAUCUUCCCAGUUAUCCCCAAAUCCACAACAACCACCACAACAACAGCGACGACGACGACGUCGACAACCACAACAACAACAAUGACGACCAAGGCACCUCCGCCUCCAAAAAGGGUCACCCCACCUCCACGCAAGCCGCCAGUGCCCACCCGGAAGCCCUUCGUCCCCACCAGGAAGCCACAAAUACCCACACGCAAGCCCUACAUCCCGCCGAGGCCGGUAGCUCCCACCAGACGCCCCCCGGCCCCAACGCCACCACCGGUCACCCCUGUAGACAACACCAUCCAGAAGGAGGUCACCAAGCAGAGAGGGGACGUCCACAUCCCUCGGAACAAUGGCCACAACACCGUGCUCGGCAUCGACUUUGACAUUGAGCUCGGCAACGUGGCGGACGAAGCCAAAGACGACCCAGAGUCGGGGUAUCUGAGCUGCUCCUUUGAUGACGGCCUUUGCGGUUGGAUCCGGGACAAAGACGGAGACCUGCACUGGGAGACGACACCUGAUCCAUCAGGUGGACGGUACCUCACCAUACCUGAGGUCGGCAACAAGAGGACUGGACGAGGGGCCCGACUGGUCCUCCCACUCACCUCUCCCUGGAAUGAUGGCAAUCUGUGCCUGUCGUUCCGGCACAAGCUGGCAGGCCACCACGUGGGAAUGCUGCAAGUGUUUGUGAAGAAGGGGAAGCAGUACAGUCCGGCGGUCUGGGGCCGGACAGGCGGAAAUGGCUGGAGGCACACCCAAAUCACAUUAUGGGGCGCAGGCCUGGAGAGUGUGAUCCUGAAGGGGGAGCGCGGGCGAGGCAGGAGCGGCGAGAUGGCUGUGGACGACAUCACCCUGAGGAAAGGCUCCUGCACGGAGGAGCACAAUCUGAGGAGACUCUAACUGACAGAACAGAAAAAAAGGCAGAAAGAAGACCAGAGGGAAUGUCAUCUCAAAGAGAAGUGACUCUGUUGUGACACCCCCUCGCUCUGCCUGGGCUCACACUGAAGCCUGCCCCAACCCUCCCCCCAGACAUCCUUUGAACGAUGUCCGAAAAAUUGUGCAUCCGCAGAACAGCGGGUGUCUCUUUUCUCGACUGUCCGUGGAUAAAGGGACUGAACCGGAUCUCAUGGGCUGAUCCCAGCAGCACACCCCUGUCUUCUCAGCCUCCCUCUCACUGCAUCACCAUGUUAGUCUCAAACGUGCACGUACCUACUCACAAUGGAAAUGUCCUCCACCUAACACAAACCCUGGCAGCCCUCCGGCCGCGCCGGUGAGUGGCCCACUUUCCCUUCAUUUCUUACUGGAGAGAGUGUCGGUCCCUCCGGAGUCUACUUUUUCAUUGCUUUGAUCCUUAAAAACUUAAGCCAUUGCUUUUUAUUUGCUGGAUGUUAAAACAUGCGGCCAGGGGUGCAAUUUGGAAAUGUUUUGAUCAGCAAAAUAUCAGAGGUAGUAUACAUCUUUCAAGGGGUUAGAUAUAUUAUCAAAGAAAGUAAAAGACAAAAGAUAGUGUCAUGAUUGGGUUCUAAUCCAGAUUACUCAAAAUCUAAAUUAGUCAGUUUAGGCCUCCUUUUGCUGGCAUACUUUGAGUUUUUGGUAUCACUACUACUGUCACAUUAUUUCAAAGAUCAGUUCGCAUCUCUAUCUGAAGCCUCUUAUAGUUGUUUAAACAGUCCACAAUCAUGUUUUUCAUACACUCGAAAUGUGUCAAACAGAAUCAGCGUAUGAUGUCUGACGUUUGCAGAUCAACAGUUACUUUCUAUUAUGCAGUAUGUGCAUUGUUUUAUUAAGUGCCGUUUGUUGUAAAGACAACAACACCAACAACGUUUCAGGCUUUCACCAAUUGUAUUAUUGUAAAUGUAGUCGCGUGUAAAUACUUUACGAUCCCAUUUGUUGUGUGGUUAAUAUGUUAUGUUAAUUCACCCUUGAAAAUUGAUUGGAUUUCAAAACUGUUGGUAUUUAAACUCUUAAUUAAAGAACAUGUAUACAGUUUGAAACCUUGUGCAAGGCAGUUUAAAGUGCACAUAGUGUGUAUGUCAUGUGUUAUGGUAUAGUGCUCUGUCUGUAACUUGCAAAGCACGUAGUUACAUAUUGUAUGCUGUGACAAUGAAGGGCAUCGGCUGGAAUUUAGAGGUUUUCUGUUUGCAUGGGUGCAUUCACCAAAUUCAGAUUUAUCCAGACCAGUAUGUAAAUAAAUUACAUUUGACUGAUA